CCCAAACUGUCCAUCGUUCUCCUCGAGAAAAAGAACUGUCCACCAUUCCCGCGCCUUCCUCCCCAGAACCCUAACCCUCUCCCAGCCGCCCAGCGCGAUGCCGUCUUCCUCCUCGUCACGCCGCCGUCGAGACGGGCGACGCGGCCGCCAUCCGCCGACGGCGCCGGUGCCGGCGGAGGAGACGAGGAACUGGGCGGAGCUGCCGCUGGACGCGAUCUCGGCCAUCCUCCACAAGCUCGACCACGUCGACAUCCUGAUGGGGCCCAGCCAGGUGUGCCGCUCCUGGCGCGGCGCCGCCCGCGACGAGCCCGAGCUGUGGCGCCGCAUCAACAUGCUAGGCCACGCCGACCUCGAGCACGAGCUCAACUUCCCCGGGAUGGCGCAGGCCGCCGUCCGCCGCAGCGCGGGGAGGUGCGAGGCGUUCUGGGGCGAGUACGCCUGCGACCACGACCUCCUCCUCUACCUCGCCGACCAGGCACCAUCUCUCAAGAGUCUUCGCCUCAUUUCUUGUUAUAAUUUUGAGGAUGAAGGACUUCAAGAGGCAAUAGUGAAGUUCCCGUUGCUUGAGGAGCUUGAGCUUUCAUUAUGUGCAAAUGUGGGUGAGGGUGGUGUGUUUGGGGUUGUUGGCAGGGCAUGCCCACAACUGAAGCGCUUCAGACUGAGUAAGGACGUGUUCUAUGAUUUUGAAGCCAGUGGGUACGACAAAGACGAUGAAGCCCUGGGGAUUGCAACUAUGCAUGAGUUACGGUCUUUGCAGCUGUUUGGCAAUUGCCUCACCAAUAAAGGACUGGCAGCUAUCCUGGACAAUUGCCGCCACCUGGAGUCCCUUGACAUUCGUCAUUGCUUCAACGUCGACAUGGAUGACGCCCUGCGCGCAAAGUGUGGCAGGAUAAGCACAGUGAGGCUUCCAAAUGACUCAACUGAUGAUUAUGACUUCGAGGUCCAGGAGCCUGUCUGGGCGGAUUCAGGGUCCUUUUUGGGUGAUUAUAUGGGAUCUGGUUCUGACUAUGAGCUUGACUCGGAAGAUUACGAUGACUACUGUGAUCCUUCCCGCUACCUUGAUGGUGUGUACGAGGACGAGCUUAAUGAAGAAGAUAGGAUGCUUCUCAGGGGCAUGCGCAUGCUAAUGAAGUGAACUCCAUCGGGGAUGUUGUGAUCGAAGUGCCUGGAUGUUUUCACCUUUUUGCCAAAGUAUCUGCACUACUGAUCUGCGCUUCGGUUCUUCUGCUGGCGGCAUGGAUCUGCUUCUGCAUCGACUUAUCUCCUGUAAGAUCAUAGAGAGUGUUCCCUGCAUUGUCCAACCGAUCUUCUGAAACAUGUGUUGAGAGUCAUUUACCUUGCAGUUUAGUUCAAGUGGUUCUGAAAUAUGCUCUGUAGUAAGUACUGGCAGUAC